AUGAACUGCUCUGACUUGGAACUCGCUCUCUGGCGAAGGGUCUUGCUGUCUCAUCACGCCCUGAGCGGCGGCUCUAGCCUCUAUCGUGCUGUCUGCUCCGUCUUGGUGGUGGUGCAGAGUGGGCUGGAUCCUAAGGACCGGGGUACCAGGCGUCAUCAUAUUGUGUAUGCCAUUUUGAAGGAAUGGAGCAAUGAACCCGACUUAGAAAAACCACAAAAAGCAAUGAACCCAACUGGAAAAACCACAAAACAUCUUAGCCUGCCAUUCGACAAGCCGGCAAAUUUCCCCUGGCCUGUGUACUACACUGGAAAAGUGUGGGCAAGGGAGCAACCUCGCGUUCCAUGUCUGUUCUAUCGAGACCCUGCAGGACUCAUCCAUUCUGCCUCCCGGUUACCGGAACUCUGGCCUGAUGUGGAUUUGAGACCUCUCCUCUGA